AUGAUUCGUGAUGCAGCAGCUGCUUACUGUCAAGACAAGCUGAUGCCAAGGGUAUUAGAGCAGUUCCGCCAUGAAAAAACUGAUCCUGCUAUUUUUCGUGAAAUGGGUGAAUUAGGAUUGCUGGGUCCAACCAUUCCUGAACAGUACGGUGGUGCUGGUUUAAAUUAUGUCAGCUAUGGUUUGAUUGCACGUGAAGUCGAGCGAGUCGAUUCAGGUUAUCGUUCAAUGGCCAGUGUACAAAGUUCACUGGUCAUGGUGCCGAUUUAUGAAUUUGGUUCUGAAGAGCAAAAACAGAAGUAUUUACCAAAAUUAGCCACAGGAGAAUAUAUUGGCUGUUUCGGCCUGACUGAACCUGAUCAUGGUUCAGAUCCGGGCAGCAUGAUUACACGUGCCAAAAAAGUCGAUGGUGGCUACCGCUUAACUGGCGCAAAAAUGUGGAUUACCAAUAGUCCGAUAGCAGAUGUAUUCGUGGUCUGGGCCAAGGAAGUAUCCGCUGAGGGGAAAGUCGGUGACAUUCGCGGAUUUAUCUUGGAAAAAGGCUGGGAAGGACUUUCAGCACCUGCGAUUCAUGGCAAGGUUGGCUUACGCGCAUCGAUCACUGGUGAAAUUGUAAUGGAUAACGUGUUUGUACCAGAAGAGAAUGCAUUUCCAGAA